AUGACUAUUACUGAUACUUAUACCGAGGAAUUGGCGAUUGACCUUACUGGGAGCGCCUUGCUGCCGGCCCGAAAGGGCAUGGACGUGCAACGAAUCGACGGCGAGGACGGCUCACUUCUCGUGGAAUUCAGCGCGACGUCCUCCGGAUGCCUGUUCGAGCUUGUCGGAAAGAACGGACGGUUAUCAGUCGAUGUGGAUGAAGACCGCUUGCUUGGCCGUAUAGAUCUGAACGGAGAAUCUCGCAGUCUCGACGCCGAGGAUGCGCUGGGCAUGGCAGAUGGCACGAUUCACUCCGUCGGACUCACCGCCGAUGAAACUGGGACGCAUUUGUUUGCAGACGGUUACGAAACAUUCUCCGCCACAUUGCGGGUAUGGUGCCAGGAUCUGGGAGCAACCAAUAUUGUCAUCAAUCCGUCGGGCGUCCUCGACGUACGGCGAUUCAAGAUGUGGAACUCAGCCCUGUCCUUGCAAGCUAUGGCGGCCAAGGCGCCGACGGCAACACCGUUCGUCGAGUUCGCUGGUUCUGAGCUGUCGGCCCGCGACGCACGCCGUAUCGGAGAACUCGCUCAUGGCGCGCUCCGAGCAAGGACCCGCCUUCGUGGCAAAGGCCAGGGUGGAACCGUCCCUCGCAGCCCAAGGGAGCGCCGGGUGACCGUCGGGAAGGACCUCGAAGGAGCACGGCUAUUCGGGGAAGCGCAGACGGCGUCCAUCUUCAGCAGUGCGCUAACCGACGCCCAAGUCAAACGCCUAGCCAACGUGGCUCCUCUACGUACCCAAGCUCUCUUCGACACGGGAUAUCUGGGCUCGAAAAGUUACCGGAUCCCAUCGCUCAUCAGACUUGAUUCCGGAAGCUUCAUCGCCGGGGCAGACCAACGUGUCAGCAUUGCCAACGACAGCCCCAACGACAUCAAUUUCGUCAUCCGUCGCAGCGAAGACGGUCGUCGGUGGGACGAGGCCCAGAUAGUCCUCGAGUAUCCCGGCGAGGGCGCCCUCGGAGCAUCGGUUAUCGACUCAGUUCUGUUCCAAGACCACAACUCGGGGCGCGUGUUCUGCUUGAUCGACCAGUUCCCGGGUGGCGUGGGGCAGCCUAACGCCGAACCAGGGUCGGGCUUCGAUGAGCAAGGUCGGCAGCUUCUGUUCGAUCGCGAUGCAACCGCCUACGUCAUCGAUGCAGAAGGCAUCGUAACAACCGAGUCGGGGGAACCCACGGACUACACCGUUGACGAAACCGGAAACGUCUUCGCAGCCGGUGCCCCCGCCGGCAAUAUCCACUUGGCCACCGGAGUGGACCCCCACGAGUCCCUGCUGACCCUACGGACCUGCAACCUCAUCCUCAUCCACAGUGAUGACGACGGACGGACAUGGUCACGACCUAUCAACCUGAACCCGGCUCUCAAGCAGCCUUGGAUGCGGUUCCUCGGUACGUCACCGGGCAACGGAAUUCAGUUGGAACACGGGACGCACCGAGGCCGACUCCUGGCACCGGUCUACUACAACCACGAGGAGGGAAAAACCUUUUCAUGUGCCGCGGUGUACAGCGAUGACGGGGGCCAGACAUGGAACCUCGGUAAGUCACCGAAUGACGAGCGCGAACUUUUCGGAAAGAUCGUCAGUUCUCGAAAUCUCAACGAUGAUCGCGGCUCGACCCAUGAGUCAGCGUUAGUAGAAACCCCUGACGGGGUCGUGCACUCCUUCAUGCGCAACCAACAUCCCUCCGGACGGGUGGCGCACGCGGCCAGCGUCGACGGCGGCGAAACAUGGGGCGAGGUGACGUUCGUCGAGCAACUGACCGAAAUCUUCUCCCAGCCCAAUGCCAUUUCUGUCCGGGAUGAGCUUGGAACCGAAUCGGUGGUCUUUGCCAAUGCGUCGAUGAUGCUCCCGUUCCGGGGUUGUGGUGUGCUGCGUCAAAGUUUCGACGGAGGCAAGACCUGGCCGCACAACCGCGUGCUCAACCCUCGCCAUCAUGUGUACCAAUGCAUGACUCAGCAAGACGAACAGACCCUGCUCGUAUUGUGGGAACGGGAGUGGCAAGGCUUGUUCCUGACAGAGGUCCCGUUGUCAUGGCUUACCACUUCGCGCAGCACGCUGGAGUGA